UCAUAGGGCCCUGAGUCCACUGGCUUUUAUACACUAGUUGCACUUGAGUCAAACUAGAGAAGAGCUGUGCUCUGAGAUCUGCCACUACUACCUGCUACCAGGAGUUUGCUUUAAACUGCAGGACAACCAGACUCGAGAACGAGGGAAAACUCAACACUUUUUGUCCUUUUUGUUUUUAAACACACACAAAAAAAGGAUUAAAAUUCAUCUUUUGAACCACUUCCCCCAAUUCCUCUUCUGAAUUACACCAGGACUUUAAAAGCAUGGCAGAGCAGAAGAGGCAGGUGUCUCUGACCCAGGCUGUGACCUUAACGCUGGUUCUGCUCACCUCAGCAACUUCGGCAGAGGAGUACGACUACUACAGCUGGCAGUCGGACAAUUUCCCUAAUGGCCGCUUCUAUGCCAAGCAGCCACAAUGUGUGGAUAUUCCAGCCGACCUGCGGCUCUGCUACAACGUGGGCUACAAAAAGAUGCGGCUGCCAAACCUGCUUGACCACGAGACCAUGCCUGAGGUCAAGCAGCAGGCAGGCAGCUGGGUGCCCCUCCUGGCAAAGCGAUGCCAUGCUGACACGCAGGUGUUCCUCUGCUCCCUUUUUGCUCCAGUGUGUCUGGACCGGCCCAUCUAUCCCUGCCGCUCUCUCUGCGAGGCGGUGCGGGACAGCUGCGCUCCAGUCAUGGAGACCUAUGGCUUUCCCUGGCCAGAGAUGCUACAAUGCGAGAAGUUUCCCAUCGACAACGAUCUGUGCAUUCCUAUGCAGUUCUCUGCGGGUCAUGCCACUCAGACUCCAGUUUCAAAAGUGUGUCCACCCUGUGACAAUGAGUUGAAAGCCGACACCAUAAUGGAGCACUACUGCGCCAGUGAUUUUGCACUCAAGAUGAAGAUUAAAGAGGUUAAAAAGGAAAAGGGCGACCGCAAGCUCAUCGCAGCACAAAAGAAGAAGAAGGUUCUGAAGAUGGGAAUACUGAGGAAGAAAGACUUGAAGAAGCUCACUCUAUAUAUCAAGAAUGGAGCAAACUGUCCCUGCUCGCAACUGGACAAUCUUGGGAGCAGCCUCCUCAUCAUGGGCCGCAAGGUGGACCAGCAGUUACUGCUCAUGUCCAUCCACAAGUGGGACAAAAAGAGCAAGGAACUCAAGUUUGCCAUUAAAUACAUGAAGUCUCAUCAAUGUCCCACUUAUCACACGGUCUUCCAGUGACCAAUGACUCUUUUGUCUAUAGCAGGCCCUGCGUCUUCCAAUAACUCUCUCAGAGACCACAUCCAUGCCUAAUUCCUACAGUUAGAACAGAUGUAUUUCAUUAAUCAAGAAAUGGCUUUUGUAAACUGUUUAGGACUUAAUUCAUCAUCAAGUACAGCUCCAAUUUGUUGGCAACUGUAUCUACAUCAGAUUUAUUGUUUAUGAAGCAAUCAGCACAUUUAUGAUGCUCAAGCAUAUUUUAGUGAAAUUUUACUGGUUUCCUCAUUCAGAGCACAAGAGACUUUUCAGAGAACGCUUUCAAUCAAUGUGAGAAAAAGAAAAUUGUGAACAAGAGCUUUAAAGAGUGCACAAGCUUAAUGAGCACAUAUUUGAUUUAAAUGGCCAGAUUCCACUAAAACAAAAAAGAACAAAAUAUCACCAACUGUUUUUUUAAUUUGUAAUUUUUAAUUGUAUCUUUUAUUUUGUAGAUAAGGAAUAAAAAGGUUUUAUUAUAUA